CAACAAACCCCUGCAACAUCAUUUAUAUCACUGUAUCCCUGCAGUGUACGUGGAUACACAUAGUGCUUAGUGGGUCGCCCUUCCUGAGAAUCAUCCGGCAACGUAUUAACUUCCUGGACGCCUAGUCAUGGUCUUAACGCAAAGCCUGGGAGCUACCAGGACCUCAGCUGUUUAGUGCUUUCAAACGGCUUGCAUACUUCAUAGUUAAGCUGGUGACUUCGGCCUUCCUGCUCCCUCGCCAUUUCGGCUUUAGCAUUGAAGAACAGUUUCUUAGGAAGUUCGGUGCCGAAUCUCAUUACCUGCAAUGUAUCAGCUGUUAAAUAACACGGGUUUGUCUUGGCUACACUGCAACAGACUUCCUCCCCGACUAUGUCCACAUAUUCCAUCUCGUCAGCGCCACGUAGCUGCCCGUCCCAUCCGGAGAGGUGGCCGCGUACCUCUGGCUCUAGCUUGGCUUGGACCGCUAUCAUGGGAAAAAGAUGGGCUCAAACAAGAGCAGAAGCCUGCUGCGGCCUCCAAAAGCGACUCGCAUCCAACGACAUCUGCUGGCUACCAGCAAGCCGCGUCGAGCUGGAGCUCUAAAAGCAGAUGCACUCCUAUAGACAGCUACUCCCCAGAAGCAGAACUAAAAGCAGGAAAAGCAGCCGGUGGUGCAGGCAUCGUCCUACCAGACGACCCGGUACAUGGGAAACCAGCUGCCGAGCACCAGGCCCUGGGGCCGCAGAUACUUGCAAGGCCACCCCCUCGGCGUCCCCAACGGUCUGAAGCGGAAAAGGGGACCGUCUUGACGUUUGCAUACGGCGCUAACAUGAACUUCCUGACGCUAGCCCGACGGGGUGUCCGGGUCCUCAGUCGCGAUCCUGCCUUCAUAUCGGAUUCCGCUGUACGGCUGGUGUUCAAACACCGGGGCGGACAUGCCACCCUGGAGCGUGCGGAGGCGGGGGAGGGCGGGAGCGCGGGAGGGAAGGACGAGGAGCCGCGGUUCCGGCCGUACGAUGGGCGAGUGCACGGCGUGUUGUACCGCAUGAGUCAGCAGGAGUUUGAGAAGCUGUCGAAGAGCGAGCGCGGCUAUGUGCUCCAGGAGCUGGAGGUCCAGACGUACGACGGCGCUCGCCACGUGGCAUCAGUGUUCGUAUCCAACCCGCUGUUCCGACUGGGCUCCGAGGUGCUGCCGCCGGAGCAGUACCUGGCGGGGGUGCGCGAGGGCGCCAGGGACAACUACCUGGAGCCGGGAUACCAGGCCUUCCUGUCCGGCAUUAGCACGGUGCCUGGAGCGGGUCUGGGCUCCGAGUACUACUCCACGCCCUCCAAGUACAUGGCCUACUCGUUCCUGCUGGUGGUCGGGCUCAUCGCGCUGGCCUACCUGUGCCAGCAGCCCUGAGCAGGCGGGGGAGGAGGAGGAGGCGGCGGAGGAGGAGGCAGGGGUUGCCGUGGCGCGGAGACUUGUUGCUCCCUGCAUGCAUGCGCGAGGAAGGGGCAGGUUGUGGGUGGUGGUGGUGGUGGUGGGAGGUGAGGGGGGGAGGCGGUGCGGCAAAGGCGGGCAGGAGGUGUGGAGUGUGUAUUGGCUGAGGUCAGGACUGGGGAGUGAAGGCGAGUGCGGACGGCUUUGUUGCGAUGUGCGUGCCGAGGCGUGGAGCAGGGAGCGCGGGAGAGGAGUGCGGUGCAUGCAGGGCUUGGGUGGGUGCGUGCAGGAAGGGAGAAGGGCGCCUCCUGCACUGCAUGGCACUGCACUGCACUGCAUGGCGAACGGUGCUAGGGGCGGAUGUGGGGCCGAGUGCCUUUAAUCAUUCAUGCGAUUGUUAGCGGGAUGGCUGCUGGCAGGUAUGUGCGAUACGGGUUUUGUUGUUCUAGGUGGGCAGGAUGAAGUCGGGAGGAAGGAAAGAUAAGGCAGAUAAGGGAGAAAAACACUGGAAUCGUAGGUUCAAGGGCUCAGAGGCCUUUCCCGGGGUUGUGGUAGGGCUGGCUUAGAGCGCCUUCAAGCCAGCUUAAUUGAUGAUUUGGGUCGGGAGAUUUGCCCGACGUCACUUAGUGCGUCGCUACAUGAAUAUACGUCGCAUUGGUGGUGGAGAGCGUGUCGGGAGGGAGUCGGCGGCACGUGCGCCAGGGUGCGCCUACUACUAUAGCCCUCGUUGUGUGUGCAGCGUUCAUGUAGUGUGCUGCUAGUUUCGGUUUCGGAUUCGGAUGAAGGGCACUUGCAAGGAAGCAUGACUCGAUAACUCUUUACGUGUAUGGUCUCGUACGACUUUCGAUGUGUCGUUAGUUGAUAGAUGAUAUGGUAAAAUAGAACCAUUAUCUAGGUUUUCAGACGCUUUCGUGGAUGCGUUUGGGUGUUACAUUAUCCACAUGCUUAUAGUCCGCAACGAGUUAAGAGUUAAGGCAGCUUGCCUUGCUCCUGUAUGUUCAGUCCUGUGCAGUUGUACAAUACCAGCCUGCAUAUGCUCGCAGUGUUUUGCUUCGGUGGGCGCCAUUGUUUGCAGGGGCGUUUGGCAAGAGUGUGUUGGGACAUGGCCCUCAUGGGUAGGGGUACGUGGGGAAUAGCCAGUCUAGCUCUAGGCGUUAGGGACAUGUGAGUGUGUUGGGUGUGUGGGAGGAGCGGUAGAGUUUUGGGUACAACACGCACAUCGACAAUGUUGCCAUUAUAUUGUGGCAUUUGUGGGGCUUCGCAGCGGACCCAUGGGUCAUACUCUGAUCUUGGGUGACCGUGACCCCAACCAGCGUGUUCUCAUGUCGACCACGGCAGCUGGGAGGUGGUUGGCCGUGUACGAGUGCCUUACCUUACAGUGUAUACAAUAUCCAACAGGUUGGCGCGUGAAAGGUGGAUCUUUCGGUGGCGUCUUCCCGGACUGGAACGAUGUCGGCCUACAUGGAAACUGGAAGAAGAGCUAGUGCCGUAGGCUUUUCUUGCCGUCGGAACGUGCAUGUUGACGCCCUAACCUAUGGCAAACUAGGCAUGCGAUGAACAUGGUAACGCUCCUUGCUUCAAGUACCCAGAGCUUACAUGGUCAUCGUGGAGGCUGCGGGCAUGCAUGCCCUCCAGGAACCCCUGUUCCGACUCGCGGCCAGUUGCCUUGACACGUAGCCGUUGCGUCAACUGGACCCGCAUGCCCGCUACAUCUGCUGGCUUAACAACACACUUAACAUCCUGGCAGGGACUGCGGUCAACGCACAGCAUCUGUAAUGCACCCAAGGAAGGGCCCC